AUGGCGUCUCAGAAUUCGAGGCGCUCACGCGACCCCUCACGUCCAGAAAUGUCCAUCGGUCGCUAUACGCGGCUGGACGAAAUCGGCAGAGGAAGCUUCGCGACAGUCUACCAGGGCGUGCAUACGAAAACUCGAACCUACGUAGCCAUCAAGUCUGUGAACCUUUCGAAGCUGAACAAGAAGCUCAAGGACAACCUUUCAUCCGAGAUCGAUAUCCUCAAAGGCCUUCAUCAUCCUCAUAUCGUGGCUCUUAUCGACUGCCAUGAAUCGACGUCUCAUAUUCACCUCGUCAUGGAAUACUGCGCACUGGGGGACUUGUCGUUAUUCAUUAAGCGCCGGGAUACCCUUGCCACACAUCGAUAUACACGAGACAUGAUUGCCAAAUAUCCAAAUCCGCCCGGCGGCUCUCUUAAUGAGGUGGUGACACGGCAUUUCCUCAAGCAGCUUUCAAGUGCGCUUAAAUUCCUUCGAGACCGAAACCUUAUCCAUCGAGAUAUCAAACCUCAAAACCUCCUCCUCUGCCCCUCUCCAUCAUCUUAUCGGAGUGGAGCUGCCCAAGUGAUUCCUUACAAAGGCAGUGAUGACUCCUAUGAGCCCACUACCGGAAUUGAGUCCCUUCCAAUGCUUAAGAUUGCAGAUUUUGGCUUCGCUCGAUCGCUACCAGCUACCUCACUGGCUGAAACCCUUUGUGGUUCCCCGCUGUACAUGGCACCUGAAAUCCUUCGGUAUGAGAAAUAUGAUGCCAAGGCCGAUUUGUGGUCUGUAGGCACCGUGCUCUACGAGAUGGUGGUUGGCCGACCCCCGUUCCGGGCAACUAACCAUGUAGAACUACUACGGAAGAUUGAAAAGGGCGAGGACCGUAUUCGUUUCCCCGAAGAGAAUCCAGCGUCGGACGACAUUAAGAAGCUAAUUCGAGGUCUUCUGAAGCGGAAUCCGGUGGAGCGGUUGAACUUCCCUGAUUUCUUCGCUAGCAAUGUGAUUAACGAUCCCAUUCCCGGAUUAGUGUCUGAUGAUGUUCCUGGAGCUCGGCGAUCUUCCCUUGAUCCUUCUGGGCCAUCUCAAUCACCACGGCCGACUCAGCUUGAAACCAAGGCCGAGGAAUCUCCAUAUGACACAGCGGAUGAAAAGGUCACAUAUCCCAUGGGUCAUCGAGCUUCUUUUGGCCAACAGAAAUCAGGGACUCCGCCCACUGCUACGCCGAUGCACCGUAUGGGAAGCGUGGAUCGGCCUUCGUCAGGUAUAACGAAAGAGCAGCAACGAGGAAGCACACCACCUCAACGGCCUGGUCCUGUUAGCCUUGCCACUGCCCCGGGACGCCAGGAGUUGACUGAUCGCAAUGCAACAACUUCGGCCAUGGAAAGGCAAAGGCACCGGAACACAUACACCGGUUCGCCCAAGGCGAGUGAAUCGGCAGUUCGUACCCAGGAGGAGCGGGAUCGGGCUGCGCAGGAGGUGGCAUUUGAAAGAGAUUAUGUGGUCGUUGAAAAACGCGCAGUCGAAGUGAAUGCCUUUGCAGAUGAACUGGCUCACAGCCCACGUCUCCAGGGUGGUUUCGCUCGUCCGGGACAGACUGGAUCCCGUCGCGCUACAACACAGGGUCUUCCUACAGUAUCAUCGUCUCCACAUGCCAACGCAGCCAAAGCGAUGCAGGUCGUUACAAACCGUGCUCGUGCGGAUUCAACGCACCAGCGUCAACAUUCUUACGAGCGACGAUACGGACAAAGCCCUACUUCGGCGACUUCGGCAAUCUCGAAAGCCCUCAACAUGGCCAGCGGCCGUCUGUUUGGUAUGGGGUUCUCACCCCCGCUUGCCAUCACAAAAGGCGGUCGAUCUCCCCCUCUAGCGUAUAACCCAUUCCCUGCAUAUCCUGCGACGCAGGCAAGUCUCAUGAUUAUGGGAGAAGGUGGCAAGACGAAUAUCACAUCCGACGAGGAUUACAAGACUGUCCAAGCUAUCGAGGAAUGUGCCACGAGAAGUGAUGUGGUAUUUGGAUUCGCUGAAGUCAAAUACAAGCAGCUCGUUCCGCUAGCACCAUCUGCACCAACUGACCCGUCCGCAAGACCCAUGAAUAACGAUGUUGAUUCCGCUGAGUCCGACGAUGGACUGACAGUCGACGCUAUCGUCACGCUAUCCGAAGAGGCAUUGGUGCUAUAUGUCAAGGCUUUGGCGUUACUCGCCAAGUCCAUGGACAUUGCCGGAGCUUGGUGGUCACGCAAAAACCGCGAAGAAGCCUAUGGCGAGUCACCGUCAAGCAAGGAGAACAUGAGUGCGGUCGCCGGUACCCGGAUUAAUUAUGUCGUCCAAUGGGUACGCAGUCGUUUUAACGAAGUGAUUGAGAAGGCGGAAUUUGUGCGCAUGAAACUCAUUGAGGGCCAACGACGCUUGCCUUCAGACCACCCCAACCACCCGAACAACCACUCCAUUAGUUUUACCGCCGGCUCAGGGUCAUCAGCAGACGUCGUAGUGAGUGCCGGGGUCACAGCCGAGAGACUCAUGUACGACCGUGCACUCGAGAUGAGUCGGGCUGCAGCCAUCAACGAACUGACCGGCGAGGAUCUUGCCAACUGCGAGAUCACAUAUGUCACCGCGAUCCGCAUGCUCGAAGCUGUGCUCGAAGACGACGGAACGCGAUCUGGGUCCGGCAGCGCGAGUGACCGUCAGAGCCGUUCCCAACCGAGUGAUAAGGUUGUACUGGAUGAUCUUCUGGUGGAGGAUCGGCAAGUCGUCGUCAAACUUGUCUCCAGUAUGCGUGGCCGCCUCGCAUCUGUGCGGAAGAAGCUUGCUGCCUUGUCAAAGCGUUCAUCAGCCUCGACACCUGUAGGUAGUGCGGGAAAGAUGCCUCCAUCUAAUAUCGUACCUGUGGCGCCUACAACAGGUGUAACACCGCCUAGGUGA